AUGUUACUGCCAAAAACAUUUGCAGUGUACGAUGACAUACAAGAAGCAGAGCCACUCAGUCUGCGGCCAUAUCAAGAAGAACUGGUUGAGACAGCAGUUCGUGGCAAGAACACCAUAGCAUGUGCGCCGACUGGAUCUGGCAAAACAGAAGUUGCCAUUUAUGUCGCUAUGUCCCAUUUGGAUGAGAAAGCGAAGAGUAAUCAACCUGCUAGGGUCGCCAUGCUUGUGCCAAGAACUCCUUUGGUGGAUCAACAGAAAUACAGAUUCCAUAAAUACGUCCGUGGCAAGUACUAUGUGGAAGGAUUCCACGGCUCUGGUCUCAAGGGCGCGUCGCGUCGCGAUAUCGUCCUUGCUUGUGAUAUCGUCGUGAUGACUCCGCAAAUUUUAUUGAAUAUGCUGAAAUCAAUAAGGCAAGAUGAACGUUUAUAUGUGUGCGAUUUUUCGCUGUUAAUUUUUGACGAAGUUCAUCAUUGUACAAAGGUUCAUCCCUACAAUAUUCUUAUGCAAACGAUCCAUGACUAUCAAGGACCGAAACCUCAGACGAUGGGCUUAACAGCUUCUCUAGGGGCAGGAAUGCCCCUCACUGAGGAUGGUGGAAUGGAAGCGAUCUAUGAACUGAUGGCAAACGUGGGUGCAACGGCUUUGGCGUCCAUCAAGCGGCACGUAGACAUUUUAGCGCAAUACGUGAACAAACCAGAUGACUUCACAAAAAAAGUCGACCGGCCACAGCUACAAAAUUCUCCAUUUCUUUCUGCGCUUAUUACAAUUAUGGAGCGGAUUCAACAUGAUGUAGAACCGCAGCUGAAGAAGCUCACCAUCGAUAAUGAAACCGGCUACAAGUUAACUAAGGAAGAAGUAAGGUUCGAAGAUCCAUUGGUCACUGAGAAGUAUAUUCAGAAGCUAAAUACGCUGGCGACUACGUUGGCAAGAAUCCACAAUGGCGACUUCAAGUUCGAGCCUAGUAUCGCUUUAGAAUAUCUUAGUGUGUUGAGUCAGGGAGUAUCUAUAAACGACUUGAUGCCAGCAAGAUAUUCUCUGCAAUACCUUUACAAGAAUCUCACAGCGCUAAAAGACAAGUUUGAAGUUGAAUGUUCUGCAAAGUUUUACAAACACUUCGAAAAAGAUCAAGAAAAACUCAAGAAAUCGGCCAAGGAAGAACCCAAGAAGCCCAUUGUUGCAGUAUUAGAGAAAGAGUUGAAGGACCAGUUCGAGAAAGAUGAGAAUUCGCGUGCCAUAAUUUUCGUCACGCGACGCUCAACAGCCGUUGAACUGAUGCACUAUUUGAAUACGGAUGAGGUGUUGGGUCGCAAAGAUCUUGUUGGAUUCGUUACCAGUAAGUGA